GCCAAAGACUUGCCGGCAAUGGACUUGAGCGGCACGUCCGACCCUUAUGUCCGCGUGACAUUAUUGCCGGACAAAAAGCAUCGAUUGGACACGAAAGUGAAACGCCGGACUCUAAACCCGCGCUGGAACGAGACACUYUAUUUUCAGGGUUUUACAAUGCAAAAACUGCACAAUAGGACUCUUCACUUGCACGUGUUCGAUUACGAUCGGUUCUCCAGAGACGAUUCCAUUGGCGAGACAUACAUUGAGCUGAACAAC